AUGACCUCAAAAGGAGGCUGGUGGGCCUGGUCGACCAAGAAGAAGGUUCUCGUCUUCGGAACCAUUGCUCUGGUCAUCGUCGCACUGGGUGUUGGUCUCGGUGCAGGACUCGGCAUCGGCUUGAAGAAUGGCGGAGACGACGACAACGACAGCGGUGAUAACGGCGAUAGCGGCAACACCGGGAGCGGCACCAACACUACAACACCCACCAACACGACGGUGAAAUGGCAGCCCGCCGCCGGCACCAAGUGGCAAAUCGUACUGAAGUAUCCUCUGAAUGACACCUCCAUUGACGCACCCGUCUACGACAUCGAUCUCUUUGAUAACCCUAAGUCUAUCAUCUCUGAACUUCAGGGCAUGGGCCGCAAGGUUAUUUGCUACUUCUCUGCUGGAACCUAUGAAGAUUGGCGCUCCGAUGCAAGUGACUUCGCCAAGGCCGACAUUGGCAAGGCUCUUGACGAUUGGGCUGGCGAGAGCUGGUUGAACAUCUCAUCCACAAGUGUGCGCAAGAUCAUGCAGAAGCGUCUUGACCUUGCUGUCACCAAGGGGUGUGAUGGUGUCGAUCCUGAUAAUAUUGAUGGAUACGACAAUGACAACGGACUCGACCUUACCCAGGCUAUGUCUACCAACUAUGUGAACUGGCUUGCGAGCGAGUCUCACAGCCGAGGUCUUUCCGUCGGACUGAAGAACGGCGGUGAUAUCAUUGACUCCGUUAUUUCAAACAUGCAGUGGAGUGUCAAUGAGCAGUGUGCCCAGUACGAUGAGUGCGAUACCUAUGCCGCCUUCAUCGACGCUGACAAGCCUGUCUUCCACAUCGAAUAUCCCAAGGGCUCAGAUACCGACAAUGACGAAUCCGUCACCGCCAAGCAGGUGACUUCUGCUUGCGAUGCAAACAGCUCCGGCAAUUUCUCGACCGUUAUCAAAAACAUGAACUUGAACAACUGGGUUGAGUACUGCCCUUGA